CCUCGGAACAACCGUGUGGACGAGUGCCUCUCCCCGCGUGUCUGUGUCACUGCGGCCUCACGGUAAUCCACGGGGCACCGUUUUCUGUUGCUCCACAGCUUCGAGGAAAUUUAUAAAUUCCAGAGGCAGAUCCUCAGAGUAAAAGACCGCGACGAGUUUCCCAUGAUCCUCGUGGGCAAUAAGGCCGACCUGGAGCUGCAGAGGCAGGUGACUCAGGAGGAAGGCCAGCAACUGGCCCGGCAGCUCAAAGUCACGUACAUGGAGGCCUCUGCUAAGAUCCGAAUGAACGUGGACCAAGCUUUUCAUGAGCUUGUUAGAGUAAUAAGGAAGUUCCAGGAACAGGAAUGCCCACCUUCGCCAGAACCCACCCGCAAAGAGAAGGACAACAGCGGCUGCCACUGCGUGAUUGUCUGACUGGACACAUCCCCUACCGCGCCCACAUCCCCUACCCCACCCACAUCCACGCCUCACUCUUCCGCUGUCUCCGCCACGCCUCGUUCCCACUUCCCUUCUGACAUCACUUCCCACGUGGAUCCUCGUUGCGCUCUGGCACCUGGUGGCCAGAAUGCCGAGGCUCCCAUGACAGCCUUAACUCGGGACCCCCGCCCUCCAAGAAACAAAUCAGCGAGCAUGAAUGGGUGGGCGCCCAACCGCCUGCCUGCCAGUGGGCACAGAGACCUCACGACACUAAUCGCUGCUUUUUAAAACUGCUAUACAGUUUCACAUUUUUCUACCCUGGCGGCAUGUUUGUAAUUUUCAACACAAUGACUGACAACAAUGUGACUAGAUAUGUGGGAUGUUGAUUUAAAAAGAAUUGUUUUUAGCUGAAGGUAGCUUACAGCUGCCAUCUGCAGUGAGGUGUGCUAAUCAGACGUGUAUGUCACGACGUUUUCACGUGUGCGUGCGCGUGUUACUCGACUACUGUACAUAAGUAUAGAUCCCUUGUGAUUUACGUGAAUUGGCUCUGACACUGACACAGCCGCAUGGCCAGGUCCCGCUGGUCCUACACCAUGAACCGUGAAGUCCACAGUGUUUGUGUGUUCCAGCAGGCCGCUUCGUUUUACUUGCAAGCAGAGUCACGCUAACCUCGUUACCAAGACGAGACCAAGAUGCAGAGAUUCCCGGCCUUCUGCUACUCCGUAUCUCAAAUGAAGGAUAUUGCCCAUUUUAUUCGUUUGUUGUAAUGACUGACAUCCGAAGUUGAUCCUGUAUUUCUUAAUUCUAUUUUCUCUAUAGAAGGUUCUACUUACUAUUUAUACUUAAACUACUGUUUAAGGUAGAAGCUGAGUAUUUAUGCCGAAACAAACACAACUGCUGAGAAGCAGAAUUAGGAGAACACAUCUCUGUUAUUUACUUUUAGAAACUUUAAAGGCAGCCAUGUUGGUUUGGUAUCCAUGCAGGGAUUCAGCAUAGCUAAAAUCCACCUCUGUUUAAGAGAUAUCCGGGAAGUUUAGGUACCUCCAUGUCAUACUUAGUUCAUUUGGGAUUGUUUCCCUUUAAGAGCUGUCCGAGAGGAUUUUGGUUAGGCCAAAAGAAGAACCUUAUUGUUUUGGGCUCAUUUGUGGUGUCCACACUUUGUGUCUGUGGGCCUGUUUUCACCGUGAUUUUUUUUUUGCAAGGUUUCACCAUUGGUUUAGUCUUCCUCUGAAGUAUUAAACCAUAAAGAGGACCUUAUGUAAUGGUGCAUUUGACCAUUGUGUAAUAUAUAAAGAAAAUGUUGAAUGAUAAUUGAAUGUUUGUGUUUGCUAUAUACUUUUAUACAUUAUUUUCUUAUCAGACUAGUUAACAAGUAUUUUUAUAUGUUUGUAAUCAAAUACACUUUCAAGGCAAAACUGUGUAUAUGUACAAAAGAGUAUUUAAAACUGCUUUGACUAAAACAGAUUGCAGGCCCAUGUUGUGAAGCUGUGAUGUAUACUGCCCCUAGUGGUCUGAACCUGGAGACACGCUUGGCACGCUUCCAUCCAGUCAGGAGGCAUCCACUGGUGUGUCGGAGAAUAGAUGCGGGUCCCUGUCCCUUGCUGAUAUCUUCCCAAGGGGACCGUUGAUCGUAUGGCUUGUCCUGCCUGAUUGGACUGUGAAUGGACACCAGCUAAGUGUUCCGUAGGCUGUGUUUGGGUGAUGGGCACACUUGUUCCCCCGUCAACAGAAUAGUGCAUGCUGCCCAUUUUUUUACAGAAUUAAUGUACCUCCAGUACGUAUGGUGUUUUCUCGUGGGGGGGAAUAACUCUUACUUUCCCUUAUAGUUUCCAGUCCUAUAAUAAAAUGACAUGACUAAGCCAAUUAAAACUUCACUGAUUAAAGUUUUUUGUACGCCUAUGUGUGUUUCCUUCUGCAAUCGGGAGUUUAGCUGUUCCGAUAGUUAAUAUCUUUGUCAGCUUGGAAAAGAUUCCUCCCAUGUGACACUGCACAGAUGAUACUCUUUCUCACCUUCCCGGUUUAUUUAAAACGUUGUUUUUUCUUCUUCAUGCACAUGGUGUUUUUCUGGACCGCCUCUGGUUCCCUUGGCGCCAUCGGUGAUGCAGGCUUGUUCUCAUGUCUGGAGCUUACAUCAUGUCUUCCUCGCCUGAUGGCAGGCCGUCUGGGUGACCUGCUGACUUGAAUUUCCACCAGUGUGUGACCGUCUAGGUCAGGGCUGUUCAAGUCUGGCCCUCGAAUCCAAAUGCAGGCCUUGUUUUCAGUUCUCCCAGGUAGUUAGUUUAAUGAUUACUGAUUCUGAUUGGUCAGAGGCUUCACUCCUGGCUCACAGGUAAAGGAAGGCUGGAAAACCAGCAGUGCUCGGACCUCGAGGACCGUGAUUUGAAUAGACCUGAGCUAGGGGAUGGUGUGUGAAUGUGACUAAGUGACAGAUGGAUACGUAAAAAUAAAUGGAUGGCUAUAUGUGGUGCACUGCCCUCUUUAAUACCAAAUGCCAGGGUCUUAUUUAAAUCUAUGUCUGUAUUAUGAUGUGAUGUGAGGUUAAAUGUCUGUGGGAGAUGACAGUGAAAUAAUAAACAUUUUCUGAGAUCUAAA